AUGUCCAAUGAAGCCUCAGAAAAUAAGACGAUCUUCGUAGGCAACAUACCCCCCAACAUAAACGCCGAAACACUUCAUUCCAGCUUUUCUCCGUUUGGCAAUAUCUGUGAUAUCCAGAUCCCAACUGACCCCCGAUCACAUACCAAUCGAAACUUCGCAUUUAUCACGUUUCAAAACCAAAUCGAAGCAUUAGAUGCUAUCAAUAACAUGCAUCUGAACCUACUCUCGUCGGAUUCGGAAAAGAUCUUGAAAGUUAACCUGGCAAGAAACAGCUUCCAUAAUAGCAAUCAAAAAUCCGAAGCUGGUGGUUUCUCCAAUCCAAACAAUAGGGCCAUUUGGGAUGAUGAAACUUGGAUCAAAGAAAAUGCACUCAAAGAAGAUUCAAAAGGUGACCCGAUCAAUAAAGAUUCAAAUUUGGUGCCAUGA